UGGGAGGCCUGCAGUAUGUCUGGAUCUAUACCGUUCUACCAGAAGCACCAUCGCCACUAUGACCGUGGCUACAGAAGCAAGGAGACAGAGUCUAAACUCAGCCAGUACCAGGCCAGCAGCAGAUAUACUGCUAGCAGCAGCACUUCCGCCACCAGCGGGAGCAGGGGACUUAAAGUGUCUUCACAUUCUGGGCUGGAGGCGAGCAGACUGAGCCCUGUACCCAAGAGAGCCAAGCCAACUUACUUGGCUGUGGAUAAAGAGAACCAAAUCAUCGGCUAUGUAGUACCUAUCUUCAGGGGCAGUGAAGAUUUUGCGACAGGACUUUCGAAAACAGAGCAACCAAGGGUGAGGGACACUGCUGCAUACAUGGCCCGCAGGGAUUUGUUCACCAGCGGCCUGGAGAUGGAGAGGUCAGAGCAGAUCACCAGGAGGGAGGCCAUGCGCGAAUCUGCCAACCGCAUCUCUAUGAACAAAAGGAUCCAUGAACACGGGGAACACUUUAAGCGCAUGAACGAAGACAGCCUGAUGCACUCCCCAGAGUUUGUGAUUAAACCACGCUCCCACACCGUGUGGGAGAAGCAGUGUGUGCGCCUGCACUGCACUGUCAGCGGCUGGCCCGACCCUCGGGUCGUCUGGUACAAAAACAAUGUGCCAAUUGACCCACAUGCCAAUGCUGGCAAGUAUAAACUUGAGAGCAGAUACAACGUGCACUCACUGGAGAUCAACAGAUGUGAUUUUGAUGACACGGCGCAGUAUCGCGCCUCUGCCAUGAACUCCCAGGGAGAGCUGUCUGCAUUUGCCUCCGUCGUUGUUAAGAGGUUCAAAGGGGAAGUUGAUGAGUUCUUGCCAAGACCCAGACAUGGCCCAGUCUGUGAGUAUGGCAUCACCUUCGAGACUCACAUUGUUGAUAAGUUUGGUGUGUCAUUUGGAAGAGAGGGUGAGACCAUGAGUCUGGGAUGUACAGUCAUCAUUUACCCGGCCCUGCAUCGCUACCAGCCAGAGAUCCAGUGGUACAGAGAUGACGUCCUGCUCACUCCUUCUAAAUGGAACCACGUCCACUGGAGUGGAGAUCGAGCCACACUGACGCUCACACACCUCAACAAAGAGGACGAGGGGCUCUACACCCUACGUGUCACCACCAAGUCUGGAUAUGAAACCUACUCGGCCUAUGUCUUUGUCAGAGAUGCUGAUGCUGAGGUGGAAGGAGCCCCCGGGGCCCCUCUGGAUGUCCGCUGCCUGGAUGCCAACAAGGAUUAUAUUAUUGUCACCUGGAAGCAGCCAGCCAUUGACAGGGGCAGCUCCAUCCUGGGCUACUUUGUGGACAGAUGUGAGGUUGGAACCAACCACUGGAUCCAGUGCAACGACACUCCAGUUAAGUUUGCCCGUUUCCCUGUCACCGGCCUGGUGGAGGGCCGCUCUUAUAUGUUCCGUGUGCGUGCCGUCAACAAGAGUGGCAUGAGCCGCCCAUCUAGAGUCUCUGAGCCGGUGGCUGCCAUGGACCCAGCUGACCGUGCCCGCAUGAGAGGUACCUCUGCUCCCUGGACCGGCCAGAUCAUUGUCACUGAGGAGGAGCCUGCAGAGGGCAUUGUUCCUGGCAGGCCUCUUGAGCUGCUGGUGACAGAGGCAACCAAGAACUAUGUGGUGCUGAGCUGGAAGCCACCGGCAGGAAAAGGCCUUGAGGGUGUCAUGUACUAUGUGGAAAAGUGUGUCUCGGGCACGGACAGCUGGCAGAGGGUGAACACAGAGAUCCCAGUCAAAUCUCCUCGCUUUGCACUGUUUGAUCUCGCCGAGGGGAAAUCCUACAGCUUCCGCGUCCGCUGCUGCAAUGCUGCCGGUGUCGGCGAGCCAUCUGAUCCAACUGAGGCCACCACUGUUGGGGACAAGCUCGAUAUCCCAUCUGCCCCCAGCAAAGUUGUCCCUACCAGAAACACAGACACAUCAGUGGUUGUGUCUUGGGAAGCGUCCAAGGAGGCCAAAGAGCUGGUGGGAUACUACAUCGAGGGGAGCGUCGUGGGCAGCAAUGUGUGGGAACCAUGCAACAACAAGCCUGUGAAUGCCACCAGGUUCAUCUGCCACGGUCUGAUGACAGGAGAGAAGUACAUAUUCAGGGUGAGGGCGGUGAACGCAGCAGGGCUCAGCCAGUUCUCCCCAGAGUCUGAGCCUGUAGAGGUGAAGGCUGCUAUUGCUUCCCCUGCUCCACCCUAUGGCAUCACUGUCCUGGAGUGUGUGCGCGACUCCAUGGUACUGGCCUGGAAACAGCCAACCUUCAUCGGUGGCGCUGACAUCACUGGAUACUUUGUGGAUUACCGUGAGGUUGUUGAUGGCGUCCCGGGGAAGUGGCAUGAGGGCAACAUCAGGGCUAUCAGUGAGAGGGCCUACAGGGUGUCUGACCUGAAGGAGAACAAGAAGUACCAGUUCCAGGUGCGGGCAGCCAACAUGGCAGGUGUCGGCAUCCCGUCACUGCCUAGUGACAUCUUCCUGUGUGAGGAGUGGACCAUCGCUGUGCCAGGGCCUCCUCAUGACCUGCAGAUAAGAGAGGUGCGAAGCGACUCUCUGGCGUUGCUAUGGAAACCACCUGUGUACCAGGGCCGUGAUCCAGUCAAUGGUUUCUACAUCGACAUCAAGGAAGCAGAGGCACCAGAGGAGGCAUGGAGAGGGGUCAACACUAAGGCCACAGAGAAGACGUACAUCAAGAUUAAGAAUCUGAAGGAAGGAGAGUCGUAUGUGUUCCGUGUGCGUGCUCGGAAUAAAGCCGGCGUUGGACAAACCUCAGACGUGACCGAGGCAGUCUCAGCUAUCACCAAACCAGGCACCAAGGAGAUCGUUGUGGAUGUUGAUGAUGAUGGUAUCAUCUCCCUGAACUUUGAAUGCUGUGACCUGACCCCUGACUCCAAAUUUGUGUGGUCCAAGAAUUACGAAGACAUCACAGAAUCAUCCCGCCUGAACAUAGAGACCAAGGGAAACAAAUCCAAAACUGUUUUCAACAACCUUGGGGAGGAGGACAUUGGCAUCUACUCAUGUCUUGUUACCCACACUGAUGGUGCUUCAUCCAGCUACGCUCUCUCCGAGGAAGAGUUGAAGAGGCUGCUGGUGGUCAGCCAUGACCACAAAUUCCCCAUUAUUCCCCUGAAGUCAGAGUUGGCUGUGGAGCUGCUGGAGAAGGGCAGAGUUCGCUUUUGGCUGCAGGCGGAAAAAAUUUCAGCUAACGGCAAAGUGGAUUACAUCUUCAAUGACAACUCUCUCUCUCAUGGGGAUAAAUACAAGAUGAACUUUGACAAGAACACCGGUGUGAUUGAGAUGAUCAUGGAGUGUCUGACUCCGGCAGAUGAGGGUACCUUCACCUUCCAGUUGCAGGAUGGGAAAGCCACCAACCAGUCCAGCUUGGUGCUGAUAGGAGAUGUGUUCGAGGAGCUGCAGAAGGAAUCACAGUUCCAGAUGAAAGAAUGGGUCAGAAAGCAAGGUCCUCACUUUAUCGAGUAUUUGGAUUAUGAGGUGACACCAGAGUGCUGCGUUAUACUGAAAUGCAAGGUGGGCAACAUAAAGAAGGACACCUCUGCCGUCUGGUACAAAGACGGACGCGAGAUCAAAGCAGACGAGAGUCUCGGCUUCACUGAGGGAGUGUUGAAACUGGAAAUUGCUCAGUGCGACUCCCCUGCAGACAAAGCAGCUGCCGAUGACGUAAUCUGGAGGAAACUAAAAAUUUCCAAGAAGGACUCUGGUGUGUAUGAGGUGGUUCUGAAGGAUGACAGAGGGAAGGACACUUCCAAACUGAAUUUGACAGAUCAAGGUUUCAAAGACUUGAUGAAUAAAGUUUUCAGUUAUAUCGCCAAUUCCUCCACUCCGCUGAAGAUCACAAGCACAGAUCAGGGCAUCCGACUCUACACCUUCGUCAGCUACUACAACGAUUUACUCCAAGUGACAUGGCACUACAAGGAUUCAGCCAUCGCCUUCUCUGACCGUAUAAAGAGCGGUGUGGUGGGAGAGCAGCUGUGGCUGCAGAUCUCAGAGCCCACAGAGAAAGACAUGGGCAAAUAUGCCAUUGAGUUCAACGAUGGAAAAGGAGGCCUGAGGAGGACUGUUGAGCUGUCUGGUCAAGCAUUUGAUGAUGCUUUUGCAGAAUUCCAGAGACUCAAAGCUGCUGCGAUUGCAGAGAGAAGUCGUGCUCGAGUGGCAGGAGGCCUGCCUGAUGUGGUCACUAUACAGGAGGGCAAGACCCUCAAUCUCACCUGCAACAUUUCGGGCGACCCUGUGCCAGAGGUCACCUGGCUGAAGAAUGACAGGGAGAUCACAUCUGAUGACCACUGCAUCCUCAAGUUUGCGUCAGGCAAGUUUGCCAGUUUCACCAUCAUCGGCGUGAACACGUCGGACUCUGGCAAGUACAGCAUCCUGGUGAAGAACAAGUACGGCACAGAGAGCGGGGACUUCACCGUAAGUGUCUUCAUCCCUGAUGAGGCGGGCAGCAAGCAUAAAUAAAAGCGGUCCAAAUCUUGUCGUAAAUAUGUACAAAUGAAAAACACUGGAAACAGAUGAAGGAAAGAAACAGGCUUGAGGAUGUGUUCGAUGUUUUUGUGUAGAAUAUUAAAAUUAACUCUAGAGGUGCUGAAUCUGAAAUGUCAACAACAAGUUCACAGAGAAAUCCAGAGUGAAGAGUUGUGACUUCAAAUCCUAAAAAACAUGUAUUAUUUGGUCCAAUAACAACAAACCUAACAUCAUGUCCACUCAGAAAAUGUCAUUGGUGCAGUUUUAGUUUUUGUUUGUGUAAAGCUGUGGCAUGCAGAGAGGCAGAUGUGUUUGAUUUAGAAGAGAAAUGAAACAUUACUUGAGAAAAGAAGGCUAAAGAUAAUACAUAAGACAUACUGUGUUGAUAGGAUGCAGAGAGUCAUAGAAAGGAAAUCAAGUUAGUGUGCAAAGUCUAUUAAAAAGCCAAAUGUUUUUACAUGUUUUAUCCCAUUUGUUACAAAUUAUGCAUGGAGCAAUUUAUUUUUAGUUCAUGUUAACAUAAUAUAGAAAGCAUUUUGCAAGGACAUGAAACAUGCUUAAAAUACAGAGAGUCAUGAUUUAAAGUUUUUGCAAAGUCAUUGUUGCAUAGAGGAAGUCUUCAUGUUGGUGCAUUCAAGUGCUAGUGGGAAUCUAGAACAUCACAGUUUUAGGAUUUCAAGCUUUCUGUUUUCAGUAAUGGUGGCAGAUUUACUGGCGAAAUUGUGAGUCACUUUUAAAUACCGGAUCCUAUAUGUCAGACACAGGUGGACAAAAGCAGGAUCCUCAUUUCUACAUUUUAAUAGCUGUAGCAAGUUAGCUAACUGAGCUAGCAUUAGCUUGAGGAUGUACCCAGCUGGCCAGUGGCCACCAACGCUGUAAGACGCUGAUAUUUGGUUGGAUUUAGGAUGUGAUGCCAAAAUUCAAUGUCAGGACAACGAGUGAUUCCAAUGUUAAUUUGAUGUAGAGUAUACUGACGACAGAUGAUGUGAUAUUUUGUUGGUUUUAAGUUAUAAAAGUAAACAAAAUCCAGCAUCUUCCAGUCAUCUCUUGCUGAUGUCAUCUUGACGUACAAUAACGACAUUUAGUUGUAAGGUAUGGAGAACAAAACCCAACAUCUGCUAAACAUUCUAAUGUUAAUGUCCACACAACAGGAAAUUGUAACGUUGACAGAUAUUUCAAUUAUGCUCAACACGAUUUUGAUUCCAAUCAAAAUUUAACAUCGUCUUCCUGAUGUUGAAUUGAUGUCCGGUGCCAGCUGGGAUAUUUACACUCUCUCUUCCCCAAAUCCAACAAUGAGUUGGACAGAGCUGCUGAUGUUAAUGAAAUAGUUUAUGAAAUAGUACGUAGUGGAUUUGCUAGGCAUGAGCAGGAGACCCCAAAAUCUGGUGAUAAUGCUCCUUCGGUUUGAGAGUAGAAAUAAAAGUAUGCUAAAUUUGUUACAAAUGGGUUGAAACAUGCACUGUGUCAUUUCAUUAGAUUUUACAUUUAGUCUUGUUUUAUUAUUAUUCACAGUCAUUUGAAUGUUGUUACCGUGACAUCACUUCCAUUGUCUCCCUGUCUGUAGUGAACACACGUUUGCCCACUGUCAGUGUUAGUCAUGUGAUCCACUGUUGUUACGAGAUCCCCGUCACUGUCCAUCAUUCAUGAUUAUGGUGCCUCCUGUAUUGCGAUGUUACCAACGCCACUGUUAUGAAAACUGUCAGAUCACUGUUUACGUAUAGUGGUUAUUGCAUCACUUCCCCUGUUUCUUGAUGAGACUAAUAAAAACAAGCAUGUACUUCCCCA